AUGGAAUUUUCUAGAGCGAAAACGGUUAAAGAGGAUAGUGCUGGACCUUCCUCUGAGAAUACCAAUAUAAUUUGUGAUCCGUGUAGAAAUGAUGGAGAAAAUAUAAAUGCGGAAGGAUACUGUGUAGAAUGUGAAGAAUAUUUGUGUAAGGAUUGCUAUAAAGUACAUUGUCGUCCCUCUGUAACUAGGCAUCAUGUCUUACAGGAGAAAGACAGUAUGCCCAGAAAACGAACAUCGAAACCGGAAAUGUGUCCAAUUCAUGUUGAACAGCCGAUAGAAUAUUAUUGUGUAACACACGAAGAGGUUUGCUGUACUAUGUGCCGAUCUAUGAGCCACGAAAAGUGCGAAAACGUAAAACCUAUUAACGAUAUGCUGCACGAGGCUGAUAUGGAAAAAGAGUUCUCUGAGCUUCAGGGCAAAAUUAAAAUACUGCAAAGUGAUAUAGAUAGCACACAGUACCUGGUUCAAACUAACCUGAAAGCGAUUGCAAUAAACCAUGACAAUAGCAGGGAAGAGAUGGAUACUUUGCGAACAGCUAUAAGAGAACACAUUGAUCAGAUUGAAAAUGAACUUGAUAUCAAAUUAAAGACCAUAAGAAAUGAAGACGAAGGGAAAAUCACAUCGUACAAGAAUGCAUGUAACGCUAUGCACUUUGACAUAAAUGCAGUUGAAUCAUAUAUUGAAGGCAAAAGAUCAGGAAACAAGAAGUAUGACUUAUUCAUAGCCAUGAAAAAAGCACAGAGUAAGAUAAAAUCAAACCACAUCGAUCUACGAAACAUCAGAGCGAAAAACAAAGUUAGAAGAUACCAGUUUUCACCAGAGCACGAAGUGAAGAAACUUCAGAGUCAUCCAAUUAAAUUUGGUUCGUUUUCAAACAAAGAUGAAGCGCUUAAAACAGAGCGGUUUGUUAGUGACAUAGAAGUUAAAUCAAACAAGGACACACAGACAUGUUACAUAACCGGUACAUCACUUAUAUCGGAAACAUUACUCGCUAUCGCUGAUAACAAGAACAAGAAUGUCAAAUUAAUCCACACUAAAAUAAACAAAAUCACGGCGGAGGCAUGCCUUAAAUCCCCGCCCUGGGAUAUUACAACGGUGCCUGAUAACAAAAUUGUUGUAACCAUACCUUCAGAAGAAAGAAUUCAGUUUCUUUCGGUGCCCGUGCCUCACGGCGACGCCAUUUCCCUUGAAAAGUCUGUCAACGUAGCGGGAAAAUGUUACGGAGUAGACUUUAUCCGACAAGAAGGAAAACUCAUUGUUUCUUACUGUUAUCCAGGAAAAAUUGAAAUAUUAAAUUUAGAUGGAACCCUUGAUCGUAAGGUAGAUUUAGAACUGAAUAAUCCAAUUUAUAUAUCAGCCAUACCAAAUACCAACACGGCUUGGAUUUCUGACCCCACUAUCAAAGACAAUAAGUAUGAAAAUGGCUGUGUUAGGUACGUGAACUUUGGAAAGCAACAAAAACAGCUAUUUAAAAUCGAUAUGAUAGGCUUUUGUCAGUAUCCCAUACCACUUGGUCUUGCAACAGACAAAUCUGGUACAACAUACGCAUGUAACUAUCAAAAUCAAAUACUCGUAUUUUCACCAGUUGACAUCGACAAGAAUCGAACUCAGACUAUCAAUGUUAAGGCAGACGUUCUUAUAAAAUAUAGUGAUAAAAAGAUUUCACCACGGAGUAUUACAUUCUGCAAUAAAUCAUUUAGACUAUAUGUAGGCAUGUAUGGAGACAAAAUGAAAGUGUAUUCUGUUGCCUGA